AAAAGGAACUAGAAUUCUAGCAAAAUACCUAAGGGGGCUGUUUCCCAUUUUACCAUUAUAUUAAUCAAUCGAAUCCAUACAAUAUGUACGAUAUUGUGAUAAUAAAGUAGCUUGAUAAGAAAAAUAAGAAUUAAUUACCCCGGCGUAGAUCGAUCGGGAACGGACAACAAAGAUGUUGUCAUUAUGGCAGAAGUUUGUCGUCGUGAGGCAAUCUGCAAUGUAACCUACUUAAACCUAUCAUUGUCCUUGUUCUGGCAGGUUGGAUGUCUGGUAGUUGGAAACUGCAGUAUCGUAUCUAGGUACCCAUAUGUAAUUCGUCCAAGACGUUCAAUCGAGAUCCGGGCGAACGCCAAGUAUAGUAAGUAUCAACCCCAGAGUGUUUCAUUGAGGUAUAGCUUGUCUACCGAUAACUUGUUUAGUUCGUUCCACAUGACUAAAUUAAUGAAGCCUUUUUUCUUCUUCUUCUUCUUCGUAGGGCUCUUUAGCGUGUAGUGUAUAGCUUGAUAGCUUGAUACACAAGCUUGAGGAGGGCUGAUAUUUUACUCUUGGAGGUAUUGUCUUCUCUGCUUUUUCUUACGUCAUAGACAACCGGAUGCGGAAAUUGAACAUUUUCGAAAAUCAAUUUACGGACAAGUCUUCCCCCCACCAAGGCCGUGAUACACGUGUAUCGAGGACCCGCGUGGCGUCUGUUGGUAACCCAAGACGGCGAUAGCGACGCCUUAUUACAGAGGGUCGGGCUGGUCAGGUUGUAG